GCGUCUUACCAUGGCAGAUUGUAGUUAGACCCGGUUUCUUAAACCGACUGGAAGAAAGACUUUUCGACACGGAAGAAAAUUUCCGCGAAACUUCACUCUUGUAAAAUUCUCUUUCUUCUUCUUUUUCUUCCUCUUCAGGAUCUGCGUGGUAAAUAAAUAAUUAUUAAUACAGAGUAGAUCUUCUUAUAUCUCCAAAAUCAAACCCUAAAGAAAUCUUUCUAGAUUGCUCUGUUUGGCGCUGAUUGAAUAUUCUAGUAAGUAUGCUUCAUCGGAGUUUCAAGCCUGCCAAAUGCAAAACAUCGUUGAAGUUAGCGUCUUCGCGAAUAAAGCUGUUGAAGAAUAAGAGAGAAGCACAGGUGAAGCAUCUCAAGAGAGAAUUGGCUCAAUUGCUGGACGCUGGCCAAGAACGGACUGCCAGAAUCCGGGUUGAACAUGUGGUUAGGGAAGAGAAGACUAUGGCAGCAUAUGAACUUAUCGAGAUAUAUUGCGAGCUUAUUGUGGCGCGUUUGCCCAUCAUUGAGUCGCAGAAAAACUGUCCCAUUGACUUGAAGGAAGCGGUCUCAAGUGUAAUUUUUGCCUCUCCAAGAUGUGCUGAUGUACCAGAAUUGAUGGACAUUCGGAAGCAUUUAACAGCAAAAUAUGGGAAAGAAUUUGUAUCUGCAGCAGUUGAAUUACGUCCAGACUGUGGUGUUAGCCGCCUAUUGGUGGAAAAAUUAUCUUCCAAAUCACCUGAUGGCCCUACCAAAAUUAAAAUUUUGACUGCAAUCGCUGAGGAACACAAUAUCAAGUGGGAUCCUAUGUCAUUUGAAGAGAAAGACACCAAACCUCCUGAGGACAUGCUGAAGGGACCCGCUACAUUUGAGCAGGCUAGUAGAGUCCAUGUGGAACCUACUAAUGCCCAAGCCUCACCGAAUAGGGUUGAUCAGGGAUCUCAUAAUUUCCAUGAUCCGUCGCAACACUAUGUAAAGCAUGAUGUUCCUGCAAACUCUCAUGGCCCCGAUUUACAAUCUUCACCUCAUUCCUAUCCAGAUCAUAGGCCUUCAGGGAACCAUAGUGAGGUCUUAUCUGGUCCACAGAAUUGGAAUAUGGAAUUCAAGGAUGCCACAGCUGCUGCACAGGCAGCUGCUGAAUCUGCUGAACGAGCAAGCAUGGCUGCCAGAGCUGCUGCAGAACUUUCAAGUCAAGAAAGGAUAACCAGGCAGCAUUUAGCAGAAUCACGGAAGGCUUUUGCUUUUGAAUCAAGAGAUGUAGGACCUCAAAACUAUACUGGCUCAAAGCUGCAAGGUGAAGAUGUUGACAAAGAUCAAAUGAGUAACAACGUGUACCAAAGACAUCCAGGGUUACAUCGUGAGGAGAGAGAAGGCAAUGAGCAAGAUGACCUGGCUGGAUUAACUAAAAGGUUUUACAAUCUCAAGAGCCCUAAUAAACCUAGUCAGUCAGCUUCCUCAAAGUCCAGUAAUUCUUUUGUGGAUGAUUAUCCAUUAAUUGAUGAUCUCCCAAUGCCUGAUAGGCUUUCUCAAAAGAGGUCUUCCGAAUUGGGUGAAUCUAGUGUAAAGCUAGAGUCUAGGGAAUCUGAGGUAAGCUUUGUGAGUAAACUGGAAGAUGGAAUGACAUCAGAGAAUGUCAGUCACUUUGAGGAAGCAAGAAUCAGAAAACAGUCUAGCAGUGUUUCCUCACAUUCGCAUUCACAAACUUUCAGUGAUGAUUACAAUGUGUUUUCCAAUACCAACCAGCAGAGAAUGGGAGAUGAGACUGAUAAGGAGCAAAGAGAUGCAAAAGGAGCAAAUUCUUAUGACAAUGCCAUGGUUUUUGAUGAUUCUUCUUCAGACAAGGAAAUUAAGUUCGAUGUGGAGGAUGAACAUAAUGACCAAGUCUAUGAUUCGGAUUUUUCAUCAGAAGGUAGAAAGUCAUCUUCUCAUUUGUUAGCAAAUGCAGAUGCUUGGGGCCGUACGGAAAACAUGGAUGAGUUUCGAGGAAAGUCCAGUUCGCAGACACCGUUGACCUCGGCAUUCUUUUCUCAAGAUUUUACCACUGACCCUGUUCCUUCCCAACCACAUGAGACACCGUUGACCUCGGCAUUCUUUUCUCAAGAUUUUACCACUGACCCUGUUCCUUCCCAACCACAUGACUUGUUACCCAUGACUUUUGAUGAUUCUGACAGCGUAAGUUCAGAGAGGGAAGUGGAUCUGGAUACCUAUGAGGUGGUUGGUGGUUCAAGUACUGGCAUUUUUGCUCAUACAAAGAGUGUUAGCACCAGAAACUCUGACCCCAUUCAUAGCGGGAGUCCUCACUCAAUAAGAUUUUCACUUGCAGACAAGGAAAAUUUGGGAUCCAACCGUAAAACGCAUUUACAGACAGCUUCACUUGAUUCAGAUGUCCAAGAAGUAUUCUCUAUGAAAAAUCAGAGAACUGGAGUUGAUGUUGAAAUGGAUAAUAAGUUUGCUUAUGGUAAAUUGGACACGAGUCAAUCUUCUCCCAUACCUGUGAAAUCUUGCACAAGUUCUAAUGACUUGAAGGACAACCUGCAAACUUCAGGGCAUCCAGUAGUGAAAAAUGUUCAAAAUUAUGAAUUACCAAUCACCACAAAGAAUGCUGAUCCUAUUGAAGAAUCCAAUUUGGAAACUGGUACAGAGUUGAACUUGGGAAUAUUGACAGGUGGCUUUCGAAACAAGGGUUAUAGGCAUCCGCCAUACCACAGGAAUGUAUCAAAUAAUUCCUCAUCAUCUGAACAAGCAAUAGAUAAUAUUCAUUCAAGGACUGGUCGGACCUCUUCUCCUGUCAAGGUUGAUAUUGGUUCUGGAGCUCGUGAUCAGGAGACAAACAAUCAGAGACUGCACCCAAAAGUAGAUGUAAAAGCAAGCUCAAGAACCCCAGCUACAUAUUAUGAUGACGAUUCUGAUGAGGAAGUUCCACAACAACAUUUUAGCAAUAGUCCAAAGUCAUAUGGCCGAAAAUCAGUUAUUGAAGGGAAUGAUAGGUCAAGCACAAAGACAUCAGAUAAUCGUGAUUCUGAGUUUUCUAAGCCGAAUCCAUCUAGCAAAACUCAUUUAAGCACUAGGUUUUCUCGACGAACAAAGGCAUCUCCUUCUGAUAAAGAUUAUUCUUCGAAGCCUCCAGUGCUUUCCAAGUCUCCAGUGAGUGCAGACUCUUUUGUGGAAAGAACACCAUCCUCAAGUAGCUCCUACACUGCUGACGCUGAAUCAAUCCCCCAGAGCAGAAGCUCGGGUUACCAGGGAAGUUCUGAGCAAUGUAGGUCAACAGAAGAAGCAGCUUCUAAGCGAAUUCAGCAGUCCAAGAGGUUCUCAUAUGAAGAAUCAUCCCCAAGGAGUUCAGAUGCUAUUUCUAGUCAGCAAAAACCACCAUCUCAGUCAAAGAGUUCAGAUUACUGGGCAAGUUCUAGGCAGCCACCUAGAUCAGCAGAACAAGCAGCUUCUAAGCAAAUUUCAGAAUCCAAGAGGUCUUCGCGUGAGGAAACUCUUAAGUCAUCAGCUCGGGAACAGCCAUUUAGUUCUCCUCCUAAGCCAGUCGCAACAGACAGUGCUCAAAGUUCAAAGACUUCCAGUACCCAUGGUGAGACGCCAUCCAGGGAGAAUUCCAUUAAUAAACCCAGCCAUGUUCACCCAAAACUUCCUGACUAUGACACCUUUGCAGCGCAUCUACUGUCUCUCCGCCAGAAUCAGCAAUAAUUUAUUUUAAGAAGAUGAGCGGCUUUACAAUUAUUAUGGUUUGUUAUUCUUUUAGAUUCUGCAUCAUGAAAAGGACUGGAAUGAGGUUGUUUACAGGGAUUACAGAUUCUUUUAGUUACAUACAUACUCUCCUCUGCUGUUAUUCUUUAGGAUUUAAUAUAUUUUUUCCCAUGCUUCUCAGCACUCGUGUUGUAUCAUAUAUUUCAGAUUAUUGUCAAAAAAACGAGGAAACAUGCACUCGUAAGUUGCUGUAAUAUGAAAAAUGUUGGAUUUAUUUCUUUAAUUUGGAUGGAAAUAUGAUAAACUGUUUUGAGAUUU